UCGCGCCUACAGCCGGUGCCGGGAUCGCCCUAGUGUGAACAUGCACUUCGCAGUGUCUGGCCGUGCUGAGAUGCCGUCCUGUGCAGUCCUUCUACCUGCUCAUCCAGCCGCUCCUCGGCGUCUCCGCCCCCCGCAAUGUCCUCCUCCUCCCCCUCCUCAAUGUAUGUAGUUUCCAGCAGGUAACCCGAUCCACUGGUGUGUAGCGGCAGACUCCGGCAGUCACUGGAUCCACAGCUCCCAUCUCCGCCGGAUACUCUUUCUUGCACCUUAGCUCCAGUAGGGGGCGCUGCUGUGCCCGUCCCCAGGGAUUCCACAUUCCCGAGCGGGGUUAGCUUGGUAUACCGGGGUGACGUCAGGGCCGCCUCCUCCUCUUCCCCCAGCCGAGCCCCUGAAAGUAACUCUGGACUAGGGAGUGCUAGGAGCCGCUGAGCAUGGAGAACUGUGAGUGCGGAGCGGCCACCGGAGAGCGGACUACCGAGCCCCGCAUGUGAUCCGUGCGCGGGGAGCCCUGAGGAUUACUAGUGCGGAGCCUUACCUGAGAAACUUGUGCUGAGGAUGGACGGCGGCGUCUACCUGGGACUACUGCUCGUCCUGCUGCUCGGCACCCCCAUGCUGGCAUCGAUCCGAGGACAGUUGUCUGCAGGAGGGUGUACCUUUGAUGAUGGGCCAGCAGCCUGUGACUAUCAUCAGGAUCUAUAUGAUGAUUUUGAUUGGGACCAUGUGAGUGCUCAAGAGCCCCAUUACCUGCCUGCAGAAAUGCCAAAAGGCUCCUACAUGAUUGUGGACUCCUCUAAACAUGACCCUGGAGAAAAGGCACGUCUUCAGCUUCCUAACAUGAAGGAAAACGACACCCACUGCAUUGAUUUCAACUACCUUCUCUUCACCCAAAAACAACAUAACCCUGGGACAUUGAACAUUUUUGUACGGGUGAACAAAGGACCUCUUGCUAACCCUAUCUGGAAUGUAACUGGUGCUACUGGAAAGGAUUGGAUGAGGGCAGAGUUGGCGGUUAGCACCUUUUGGCCAAAUGAGUACCAGGUAAUCUUUGAAGCUGAAGCCUCAGGCGGAAGGGGUGGAUACAUUGCCAUAGAUGACAUCCAAGUUCUGAGCUACCCAUGUGAUAAAUCCCCUCACUUCUUGAGACUGGGAGAUGUUGAGGUAAAUGCGGGUCAGAAUGCUACAUUUCAGUGUAUUGCCACUGGAAGGGAUGCAGUAAACAACAAGUUGUGGCUUCAGAAAAGAAACGGAGAAGACAUUCCAGUAGAGCAAACAAAAAACAUCAAUCACCGAAGGUUCGCUGCCUCUUUCAAGUUGCGUGAGGUGACAAAAGCAGAUGAAGAUUUAUAUAGAUGUGUAACACAAUCAGAACGAGGGUCUGGAGUCUCAAAUUUUGCUCAACUUAUCGUCCGAGAGCCACCACGACCAAUUGCCCCUCCACAGCUCCUAGGUGUUGGACCAACUUAUCUUCUUAUUCAACUGAAUGCCAAUUCUAUUAUUGGUGAUGGGCCGAUUAUACUGAAGGAAGUGGAAUAUAGGAUGACCACUGGUACAUGGACAGAAACACAUGCAGUGAAUGCACCAACCUACAAGCUCUGGCAUCUGGAUCCAGAUACAGAAUAUGAGAUUAGAGUACUACUCACAAGACCUGGAGAAGGUGGCACAGGACAGCCAGGGCCACCCCUGAUUACAAGGACCAAGUGUGCAGAACCAAUGCGAACACCUAAAACCCUGAAAAUUGCAGAGAUACAGUCCAGGAGGAUUGCAGUUGAUUGGGAGUCUCUGGGCUAUAAUAUUACUCGUUGUCAUACCUUUAAUGUCACUAUUUGCUAUCACUACUACAAGGGUCAUGGAUUUAACAAAGCCGAUUGCUUAGACAUGGAUCCUAAAGCUCCUCAGCAUGUGGUUGACCAUCUUCCACCUUAUACCAACGUUAGCUUAAAAAUGAUUCUUACUAAUCCAGAGGGCCGCAAGGAAAGUGAAGAGACCAUUAUCCAAACAGAUGAAGAUGUACCUGGACAUGUCCCAUUCAGUUCACUGAAGGGCACACCAUUUGAAGACAAGAUCUUCUUGAAUUGGAAGGAGCCAACAGAGCCAAAUGGCGUUAUCACUCAAUAUGAGGUGAAAUACAACAGUAUAAGGUCCUUUGACCCUGCAGUUCCUGUAGCAGGUCCACCUCAGACUGUGACCAAACUUUGGAAUAGCACACACCAUGUAUUCUCUCAGCUGCACCCAGGCACUACAUACCAGUUUCUUAUUAGGGCGAGUACAGUAAAGGGAUUUGGACCAGCUACAACAAUUAAUGUUACCACCAACAUAUCAGCUCCUACAUUACCUGAUUAUGAAGGUGUUGAUGCAUCUCUCAAUGAAACUGCCACCACAAUCACUGUCCUGCUUAGGCCAGCUCAGGCAAAAGGUGCUCCUAUCAGUGCAUACCAGAUUGUAGUGGAAGAAUUACAUCCCCACCGAACAAAGAGGGAGACUGGAGGGAUGGAAUGUUAUCAAGUUCCAGUUACCUACAACAGUGCUGGCAAUGGGGGUUCCCCGUACUACUAUGCAGCAGAACUGCCUCCUUCUACUCUUCCUGAAGCUGCCCCAUUUACCGUUGGUGACAACAGAACAUACCAAGGAUUCUGGAACCCACCUCUAGCUCCUCGUAAAGGAUAUAACAUCUACUUUCAGGCUGUGAGCAGUGUUGAGAAGGAAACAAAGACUCAGUGUGUGCGAAUAGCAACCAAAGCUGCUGCUACUGAGGAACCUGAAGUGAUCCCUGAUCCAGCCAAGCAAACCGAUCAGGUUGUAAAAAUAGCUGGGAUUAGUGCAGGGAUACUGGUAUUCAUCCUACUCCUACUACUUGUAGUUUUAAUUGUGAAAAAAAGAUAUAUUACAUGGCGAAGGAACUUCUGCAUUAGAAGCAUUAGGAGGAGCUACUAUUCUUACUCCUACUACCUUAAACUGGCCAAGAAACGCAAGGAUGCAAUGGGUAAUACACGGCAAGAGAUGACUCACAUGGUGAAUGCAAUGGAUAGGAGUUACGCUGAUCAAAGUACCUUGCAUGCAGAAGAUCCUCUAUCCAUCACCUAUAUGGAUUCUCAUAAUUUCAGCCCCAGAUUGCCCAAUGAUCCACUUGUGCCGACUGCUGUGUUAGUGCCAAUCACUGAUGAAAACCACACUGCAACAGCCGAGUCCAGCCGUCUCUUGGAUGUCCCCCGUUACUUAUGCGAAGGGACUGAAUCUCCAUACCAGACAGGACAGCUUCACCCAGCCAUUAGAGUGGCUGACCUGCUUCAACAUAUUAACCUUAUGAAGACUUCUGACAGCUAUGGAUUUAAAGAAGAGUAUGAGAGUUUCUUUGAGGGGCAGUCUGCGUCAUGGGAUGUUGCCAAGAAAGAUCAGAACCGAACAAAGAAUAGAUACGGAAACAUCAUUGCCUACGAUCACUCAAGAGUCAUCCUACAGCCGGUGGAAGACGACCCAUCCUCUGACUACAUAAAUGCCAAUUAUAUUGAUAUUUGGCUGUACAGGGAUGGAUACCAGAGGCCAAGUCACUACAUUGCCACCCAAGGUCCAGUUCAUGAAACAGUGUAUGAUUUUUGGAGAAUGAUUUGGCAAGAACAGUCUGCCUGCAUUGUAAUGGUUACAAAUCUAGUAGAAGUUGGCAGGGUCAAAUGUUACAAGUACUGGCCUGAUGACACUGAAGUCUAUGCAGAUUUUAAAGUGACAUGUGUAGAAAUGGAACCACUUGCGGAGUAUGUGAUCCGAACAUUCACUCUUGAAAGGAGAGGAUAUAAUGAAAUCAGGGAAGUAAAACAGUUCCAUUUUACUGGUUGGCCUGACCAUGGAGUACCGUACCAUGCCACUGGGCUAUUGUCCUUUAUUAGAAGAGUCAAACUGUCCAACCCUCCAAGUGCUGGUCCCAUUGUGGUUCAUUGCAGCGCUGGCGCUGGCCGCACUGGCUGUUACAUAGUUAUUGAUAUCAUGCUGGACAUGGCAGAGCGUGAAGGAGUUGUAGACAUUUAUAAUUGUGUCAAAGCUUUACGUUCUCGAAGAAUCAACAUGGUCCAAACAGAGGAGCAGUAUAUUUUCAUUCACGACGCCAUCCUGGAGGCAUGCUUAUGCGGAGAGACUGCCAUUCCAGUCUGUGAAUUUAAAGCAGCAUACUUUGACAUGAUCAGAAUAGACUCCCAGACCAACUCGUCACAUCUCAAAGAUGAAUUCCAGAUGUCCCAUCACCAUAGCUGAGAGAUAAGUAGAUCACACACACAAAAAAAAAUGCUCCCCAAAUUUGGUCGUAAGUGGCAUGCCUUUCUCGCAAUGCAGUUUGUAGACAAUACAUGGACUUUAAUACAUCUAUUAAUACCAUCCUCUGCCUCCAUAACAUGCCAGAAGGUGAAAGAAAGUGGAAUUUUCUAAGAAUUAAAAUGAACAUAAGCUCAGAUAUAUAAUGCCAAAAGCAUAAAGGAACUGUGUAGCUUGCUUGAGCUAUUUAUAAAAAUGUUUAACCCCUUAACAACGCAGGAUGUAAAUGUAUGUCCUGGUGAGGUGGUACUUAACACACCAGGAUGUACAUUUACGUCCUAUACAUAACCGCGAGCAUCGCAACGAUGCUCGGGUCAUGCUCGGCAGGUCCUGGCUGCUGAUAGCAGCCAGGGACCCGCCGGUAAUGGCCGACAUCCACGAUCGCGCGGAUGUCUGCCAUUAACCCCUCAGAUGCCGUGAUCAAUACAGUUCACGGCAUCUGCACCGUUGUGGUCACUAAAAUAGAUGAUCGCCCGCAGUGCUGCCGCAGCGAUACGAUCAUCCAGAAUGGCAGAGGGAGGACCACUCACCUUCCUCCGCUGCCUUCCACGGGUCUUCUGCUCUGGUCUAAGAUCGAGCAGACCAGAGCAGAAGAUGACCGAUAACACUGAUCAGUGCUAUGCCCUAUGCAUAGCACUGAACAGUAUUAGCAAUCGAAUGAUUGCUAUAAAUAGUCCCCUAUGGGGACUAUUAAAGUGUAAAAGUAAAAAUUGCAAAAAAAAAAAAAGAUAAAUUGAUAUACAUAUUAGGUAUCGCCACGUGCAUAAAUAUCCGAACUAUUAAAAUAUAAUGUUAAUGAUCCUGUACGGUGAACAUAAAAAAAAGUCCAAAAUUGCUGCUUUUUAUACCAUUUUAUUCCCCCAAAAAUUGAUAAAAAAUGUAUUAAAAGUUUUAUAUAAGCAAAUAUGGUAUCAAUAAAAAGUACAGAUCACGGCGCGAAAAAUGAGCUCUCAUAUCGCCGCUUAUACAGAAAAAUUUAAAAGUUAUAGGUCUUCAAAAUAGGGGGAUUUUAAACGUACUAAUUUGGUUAAAAAAUUUGUGAUUUUUUUUUUUUUUUUUUUUAAGCGCAACACUAGUAGAAAAGUGUUAUCAUGGGUAUCCAUUUAAUCGUAUUGACCCAAAGAAUAAAAAACACUUCAGUUGCGGUUUUCUUUUUAAUUUCCCCACACAAAUAGUAUUUUUUGGUUGCGCCAUACAUUUUAUGGUAAAGUGAGUGAUGGCAUUACAACGGACAACUGGUCGCGCAAAAAAUAAGCCCUCAUACUAGUCUGUGGAUGAAAAUAUAAAAGUGAUGAUUUUUUGAAGGCGAGGAGGAAAAGACGAAAACGUAAAAAUAAAAUUGUCAAGAAUCCUUAAGGCCCAAAUGGGUUGAGUCCUUAAGGGGUUAAUAGUGAAAUGCAACACAUUUUUCAAAGUUCUCAGACACUUUAUUCUUCGGUCACAAGCAUGCAAAGUACAGUUUGAAUUCUCUCUAUCGAAGACUGUAGGUACAUCCUUUCUUGAUAUAUUACUGAAUUUAUCUGUAGUCAGAGCAACGUGCACAAUUUACAAAUGAGCAAUUCCUUUCAAACGCAAUACUCUAUGAACACAACAUAUGUUGCAAAAGAUUCUCCAAGCUUUCGUGAGAUUGUUUGUGAAAAUGUUGCCUUUAUUGUAUUUUUAAAGAAGAUUAGGAAUUUAACAUUCAAACUACAGUGGCCAUAGAGCAUUCUUAGCAAGCAGACAUGUGUGAAUCUUCACAGCAUCCUAUUUCCUUAUUUGGUUGGUUAUUACCAGCUUAAAUCCGUUCUGCAGAGAGCAGAUGUGUUUAAAGAAAACUGCUACGUGUCAUCCAGAAGGUAUUGUACAAAGUUGUUUUGUUUUGCAAACCUUUUUAUUAUCUGGGGAAUUUCUCUUACACCUGCUUCCUUAUGUUUUAGCAAAUCUGACUGCCCUUAAAUGAUUAUAUGCAGUGUGUAAGUUUACUAUGGAAUGGGAAUUAAUGCAUUAAUCUAGACCUGUUAUAUUAUCAACAUGGUACAGAGUACAUGCAGCACCCAUAAACAGAACCUGCCGUCCCUCCUGACAUAUCUAUUGUUGAAUAAUUGGAAAAUAAAUCUGGGGCAUCUUCUAUUAGAGUUCAGUAAAGUAACUGAGUUAUGUGUAAAUUGACAAUUGGGUGUAACCAGUUGAGGGCUGUCCCUGCCCAGUCUGACACUGUCCAAUUAGUUGCCUUUAAGAGGGGGAACAAUAGCACCCACUUACUAGUUUAUUCAUAUAUUUCUACCUUUAUAUACUUGCCCAUUAUUGAACACCUCUUAAUAAGAAGGUGGAGAACUCAAGGGAUAAGCAAAGACUUCUUCCUCUCGUUUAGGUUAAGCGUGUCUUACUUGGAUUACACCACCUAUAUUCUGCUUUAUAAAUUUAUACUACUGGCAAGAUAAUACAAUCAAAAGGUGCAGCUUAAAAUGUCCUGAGGAAGCUUUUUCUGAAAUAGGAGUGAUCCACAUUGUCUGAUACUAAUAAAAUAUAGAAAGAUCUUCACUCUCCAAAAUGUAACAUACAACCAAAGCUAAUGUAAAGCAACAAUACCAAAGGCAUAGAAGAUUCUAGUAUGACUAACAGUCUGUCUUUGAUCAGCAACUGCAAGAAGAGCAAUACUUGUCUGAUGUUUGCUUAGGUAGUUGCUGCCCUUACACAAUGCUUCUAUGGCUUUGAGUUGCCCAAUAAAAAGGGAGCAGGAGCCCU